GGGACUUGUUGCUGCCUAGCUCGCUGUCUUGUGAUGGAGGAGUCGCGGCAGUCGGCAGAGGCUGCGAGGAGGAGGGCGAAAGCCCUGCUUCCCCGCUUACCAAGCGUGUUGCUCCUUCUUCCAUCGGUAAAAUGAAGCUCUGAGUUACCUCGCGCCAAUGCCUGGGGGUGUCCUCUGCAGUUUGCUCGGGAGACAGAUGUAAUCACACUGUCCCACCGCAUCCUUUUCCUUAUCAUCCCAAAUUCGGCAAGGGAAGGAAGAAGUGACAUGGAAGAUGCUCACGGCCUAGCUCCAGGUAAAGACUCAAGUACUUUCCUGGUCUGGCGUCUCUGUUCUCAGUUAUGCCUUCUCAGGACUCUGACCUUCCCCAGAAGGAGCAGCAGGAAAAAAUGACCAAGUUUCAGGCAGCGGUGACAUUCAUGGACGUGGCUGUGAUCUUCACCGAGGAGGAGCUGGGGCUGCUGGACCUGUCCCAGAGGAAGCUGUACCAAGACGUGAUGCUGGAGAACUUCUGGAACCUGAUCUCACUGGGUAUGGCAACCCAGUUGGAGGCAGAAGAAAACCUCUGGAUGAUGGAAAGGGAAACCCAAAGAAAUGGGGCUUCCGGUGAGAACCAUGUGGCUGUUUUUUCCGGUUCCAGAGAAUGCUGUUCAACACGCAGCAAGAAUCAAAAUGAGGUGGAGCCUCUUCGAAAAGUUGCAUUAAAGUACCUUUCACACGAAGAGCUAUCCUGCUGGCAAAUCUGGAAACAGGUCACAAGUGAUUUGACCAGGUGUCUUCACAGGGGGAGUUCCUGGUUACUACAAGGUGAUUCUGAUCGGGUUUCUGGAAGUGAGAAUGAUAUAGUGAAGUGUAAAGAAGAUAGCUCCUGUUACAUUGAAAAUGAAGAGUUUUUCAAUUUCAGGCAUUCUUGUUGGAAUAUAUACCUGAGUGAGUCACAGAAUCAGAGCAGAGAUAAGCAAAUUCAUGGGGAAAAUAACCUGCAUGUCUGUGAAGCCUCCAUGAAGAAAUCACCACUUAGUGAUCAUAUUAAAAUUGACACAGAACAGAAACCCCACAAACCUAAUGACUGUGGGAAAAGCGCGAGUGACAGUUUCACUCAGCAUUUACCCUGCAGAGAGGAACUCCGUCCGUGUAGUGAGUGUAGAAAGGGCUUCCGUUACAGCUCAGUGCUUUCAAGUCACCAGCGUGUCCGCCCAGGAGGGAAGUGUUCCCGUCAGAACUCCUUUCUGCAGACUUAUCAGAGGAAUCACCCAGGAGAGGAAACUGCUAAAUGUCAUGACUCCCGAUGUUGCUUCCGUGAGGGCUCUUUCCAUUCUCAUCCCAAUCAUGCAGGAGAGAAGGCCCACCAGUGCAACAGCUGUGGCAAGGGAUUCAGUAGCAGCACAGGUCUCGCCAUUCAUUACAGAACUCAUACUGGAGAGAAACCUUAUAAAUGUGAGAAGUGUGGUAAAUGCUUUAGUCAGAGUUCAAACUUUCAAUGCCAUCAGAGAGUGCACAGUGAAGAAAAGCCGUACAAAUGUGAAGAGUGUGGUAAGGGCUUCGGUUGGAGUGUUAAUCUUCGUGUUCAUCAGAGGGUCCACAGGGGUGAGAAACCCUAUACAUGUGAGGAGUGUGGGAAGGGCUUUACUCAGGCCGCCCAUUAUCACAUCCAUCAGAGGGUCCACACUGGGGAGAAACCUUACAAAUGUGAUAUCUGUGGUAAGGGCUUUAGUCACAACUCACCAUUAAUAUGCCAUCGGAGGGUUCACACUGGAGAGAAACCAUACAAAUGUGAGACGUGUGGAAAAGGCUUCACUCGUAAUACAGAUCUUCAUAUACAUUUCCGAGUUCACACGGGAGAGAAACCCUACAAAUGUAAGGAGUGUGGGAAAGGCUUCAGUCAGGCUUCAAACCUUCAAGUUCAUCAGAAUGUCCACACUGGGGAGAAACGAUUCACAUGUGAAGUAUGUGGGAAGGGCUUCAGUCAGUCUUCAAAGCUUCAGACCCACCAGAGAGUCCACACUGGAGAGAAACCCUACAAAUGUGAUGUGUGUGGUAAGGACUUCAGUUACAGUUCCAAUCUUAAACUGCACCAAGUUAUUCACACUGGAGAAAAACCAUACAAAUGUGAGGAGUGUGGAAAGGGCUUCAGUUGGAGAUCAAAUCUUCACGCUCAUCAGAGAGUCCACUCAGGAGAGAAGCCCUAUAAAUGUGAGGAGUGUGAUAAGAGCUUCAGUCAGGCCAUAGACUUCCGGGUUCAUCAGAGAGUCCACACUGGAGAGAAACCGUACAGAUGUGGUGUGUGUGGUAAGGGCUUUAGUCAGUCCUCUGGUCUUCAGUCCCAUCAGAGAGUCCACACAGGGGAGAAGCCAUACAAAUGUGAUGUCUGUGGAAAGGGCUUUAGGUACAGUUCACAGUUUAUAUACCAUCAGAGAGGCCACACUGGAGAAAAACCUUACAAGUGUGAGGAAUGUGGGAAAGGCUUUGGUAGGAGCUUGAAUCUUCGCCAUCAUCAGAGGGUUCACACAGGAGAGAAACCCCAUAAGUGUGAGGAGUGUGGUAAGGCCUUUAGUCUCCCCUCAAAUCUUAGAGUCCAUCUGAGCGUUCACAUUAGAGAGAAACUGUUUAAAUGUGAGGAGUGUGGGAAGGGCUUCAGUCGGAGUUCAGGUCUUCAGGCCCAUCAAAGAGUUCACACUGGGGAAAAACCGUACAACUGUAAUGAAUGUGGUAAGGACUUCAGUCACCGUUCUCGCCUUACAUGUCAUCAGAAAGUCCACACUGGUAAGAAUCUUUAAGAAUGAGAAAUGCGUUAGUGGCUUCAGUGAAGUCAUACAGCUUCUAGUUCUUGGAGUCCAUGCUGGUGAUAAAUACUAUGAAGUAUUGAGAGUGGAAAGGGGUUUCUUCAGGUAGAAUCUAUCAUCCAUGAAAAUGAUGACCAGAACCAGAGUAACAGGAAUAGGAUUCAUGGUCAAAGGAGAAAUAUGAUGUAACACUCUUGGUAAGAUCCAAUUGAUAUAAAUGAUUUUUCAUAGUGAAAACAUCCAAAAAAAGAAUGUGUAAAAAGGAUAUUUGCCAUAUAAUACCUAGUUUGGGGGCAGUGGUGUUAGGGAAGGUUUUGGAUUAUUUUCCCAUUAACUUCUAUUUUAUAUGUAUUUACAGUGACCAUUAUUUUUACUAAAGCUGAAAAGCUAUGAAAAAUGAAUGAAAUAAAGUAACUAAAAAUUUCCUGUACCCAAGAACUCAUAAUAUGAUUGCCUUAUUUUUUAUUGUAUAUUGGAUUAAAAUUAAGGAAUAUAUUCCCAGAAGUGAAUUUUUGCUCUUCAGAAGUAAAUUUUUAUCUGCUGCAGAUGUAUA